AUGGAUAAAGGUAUAAAUACAACACAAGAAGCAAAUGGGAAAAUGAAAGUACAAACUGUAGCAACAAUCCUCAUUCUAUCAAUUGUCUGCUUCUCUACCGCAAGAGCCGGCUCUUCCUCCAACGAAGACUGCGCAAACCCAAAGAAGACCAAGGCAAAGGCAGGCGCGCUGGCAGAGGACAAGGAAGACUGCAGCGACGACGUAGACGAGUCAUCAUGUGACGACAAGUCAACAAAGAUAGUCAAGAAGUCAAAGAUGACAACCACCCCCAACAGCAGUAGCAAGAUAUCCCUAGGAUUCGCAUUUGUAGCAAUACUAGCAGCUGUGUCAAUGCUGUAA